AUGGCCCGCCGUUUUCUUGCCGCUGCUAGCGCCUUACUGCUGGCCAUCGAAGCCGCCGCCGAUAACUGGCCGUUCAUGACCCUCCAAACCGCUCCCUUCCAACCGCCGCAAGUUUCAGUAACCAAGAGCGGCCAUACGGAUCCGGGAUACAUCUUCGUCGGGCCCCGUGGGAAUCAGGAACUGGGAACCGCUGCGCUGAUAUACGAUGAGGACGCCAAUUUGAUCUAUCAGGGCCCGCAAGAGGUUACGGCGAACUUCAAGGUGCAGAAACUCUUUAACGAAGAUGUCCUCACCUUCUGGGCGGGUGAUAUGAUGAAGCUAGGCUUUGGAUAUGGUACUGUGCAUAUUCUCGACAACACAUACCGCGAAAUCUACACCGUCACACUUCAGGACAACUUCGUUUCGCCGGACGGCAACCCGAGAGACUCGUAUAUUGACCUUCACGAGAGUCAUGUGACGGACCGCAAUACCCUGUUGGUGACGGCCUACAAUGUGACCCAGCACGAUCUCACUUCAAUUGGUGGCCGUCCGGAUGACCACAUGCUGGACGGGAAGUUCUAUGAGAUUGACAUUGCAACCAAUGAGAUUGUGUUCUCUUGGAGCGCUUUGGAUCAUUUAGAUGAUAUACCUCUGGAGGAGUCGAAACAAGGCUGGGGAGACGAUGUCGGGUCUCAGGAGACGCCUUAUGAUGCAUAUCAUAUUAACUCGGUUGAACUCAUGGAAGAUGGCUAUAUUAUCUCGCUCCGGCACUUUUGGUCUGGGUACUUUGUCCAUAACAAUGGCUCCGUUCUUUGGAGACUGAGCGGUGAAGAAGGCACUGGCGAUUUCGAGAUCGAUGACCGUGCUGCGUUCUCUUGGCAGCAUGAUAUCCGCAUCUAUAACCAGACCGAAGAAGGAUUUGCGAUGAGCUUAUUCAACAACGCCAAUACUCCAACCAACGAGGUAGCCGCGACUACUGGGCUGAGUUUCGAUGUUGAUAUGAUUAACCGCAAGGUCCACACUCGUCGGAUUUUGAACGACACGGACGAUGUGAUUCACAGCGUCAGCCAGGGAAGUUAUCAGCUCCUCAGCGAAGAGACUCAACACGUACUUUUGGGUUAUGGUUCCAUCGCCCAGGUAAAAGAGUACGACGCCGACAAUAAAGAGGUCCUCACUGUCAAGUUUGGCGAGGACAAUGCAGUUGCGUCAUACCGUGGCUACAAGUGCCAAUGGAAAGCCACUCCCUUCUGGAAGCCCGCCCUGGUCGUUCGCCGGACGGGCCCAGACUCCAUCUUUGUCUACAUGAGCUGGAAUGGGGCGACUGAGUAUGACAACUGGGCCGUCUACUCAUCAACGUAUUCCGACGGGUCCGACCCUAAAUUUGAAGCCACUGUCGAACGGACCGGAUUCGAAUCUAGCAUUGAACUGCACGGCUUACCUAGCGGGUUCCUUCAAGUGAUUGCACGAAAGGGUGACAUUCCACUAGGAUCUUCGGACGUCGCAUCCCUGCAGACGGAGGUGGGCGGCGAGGUGGAGACAGAGACAGGCAAUUAG